AUGUUGCGAUCAUCGCUUCGGUCGGCGAGAUUGCUAGGCGGCAAGCCCAUCGCGGCAGCCGCCGGGCGCCAAUGGUCUGUUGCCGCGUCGCGACGGGCGCCUCUGGCCAAGAGAUUCUAUGCCGACCAGAAAACGCCGCCGGUCCUGCCCACGUCCGAGACCCAGAGCUCUGAACGCACGCCUCCGCCUCCCGCCCAGCCGAUUGUCGACACGACGGUGACGGCGGCAGAGAUUCCUCCCACGCCGCCUCCCCCUCCACCAGUCGCCGCCAGCCAGAGCGCAAAGAUCAAGCCCAGCCCGCCGCCGCCCAAGAAGAAGGGCUUUUUCAGGAGGCUGCGCAACUUCAUCUUCACUUUGAUGGUGUUUGGUGCGGCCGGCUUUGGCGGAGGAGUUUGGUACUCGCGCAUCAACGACAACUUCCACGAUUUUUUCACCGAGUACAUUCCCUUUGGCGAGCAGGCUGUUCUCUACCUGGAGGAGCUGGAGUUCAAGAAGCGAUUCCCCAGUGCUGGCCUUGGAGGUCCCAGACACACCGAUGGUGGCGAGAAGAUCAGAAUUCCUGCCCAGAGCGGUGCUUCCUGGAGGGUGGCGGACAAGACGGAGCCUUCUGAGCGCCGUACAAGCGCCUCUCCUGCUGCCAAGAAGGCCGGCGUGAAGCCGACUGAGAGCAAGCCUGAAGGGCCGGCCAAGCCUACUGCAUCAGAGCCCAAGACUGCCGUUGCUGCCAAGCCUGUCGAGAAGACCACUCCGGAGGAACAGCCAAAGACGUUCUCUUCAAAGGCAAAGGCGACCGAGUCCAAGGAUAAGCCUGCUGCUAAGCCCCUGAGAUCCAUUGACCUGAUGACCCUGCCUGAUGCCAAGGAGCCCAUUGUUCGAGACCUCGUCCACAUGUUGAAUGAUCUCAUUCUGGUCAUCAACGCCGACGGUGCGCAUGGCAAGUACUCUUCGACCAUCGACAAGGCCAAGAACGAGGUGCUGAGGAUUGGCGGCCGCUUGAGGGACCUCAAGAGCGAGGCUGAGAAGAAGGCCGCUGCAGAUGUCCGAUCCACUGUUGCUGAGUUCGACACCGCUGCCUCCGAUCUUAUCCGACGAGUUGAGGGCACCAUGGCUCAGCAAGAGGUUGCCUGGCGUCAAGAGUUUGAGGAGCAGAUGAAGACUGUUCGCGAGAGCUACGACGAGCGGGUUAAGCUUUUGCUGGAGCGCGAGCAGAAGCUCAGCGAGGACAAGCUCCACAACCAACUGCUGGAGCAGGCCAUUGCCCUGAAGAAGGAUUUCCUCAAGGAGGUUGAGGCCCGCGUCGAGCAGGAGCGUGAGAGCCGCAUUGGCAAGCUCAACGAUCUCACGACGGCUGUGUCACAGCUGGAGAAGCUCACCCUUGGCUGGAAUCAGGUUGUUGACUCCAACCUCAAGACGCAGCAGCUUCACGUGGCCGUUGAGGCUGUCCGCGCCAGCCUCGAGGAUGGCCAACACCCCCGACCAUUCAUCCGAGAGCUUGUUGCGCUCAAGGAGAUUGCCUCUGAUGACGCCGUCGUCGACGCCGCCAUUGCCUCAAUCACCCCUUCGGCGUACCAGCGCGGCAUCUCCACCUCGUCUCAGCUGAUUGACCGAUUCCGCCGUGUCGCCAGCGAGGUGCGGAAAGCGUCUCUGCUUCCUGAUGAUGCUGGUGUUGCCAGCCACGCCUCCAGCUGGGUUCUCAGCCACGUCAUGUUCAAGAAGCAGGGUCUCGCCGAAGGAGACGACGUCGAGAGCAUCCUGACCCGUACACAGACAUACCUAGAGGAGGGCGACCUAGAUGCCGCAACCAGAGAGAUGACUGGCCUGCAGGGUUGGGCAAAGACGUUGAGUAAGGAUUGGCUGUCUGAGGCCCGCAAGGUUCUUGAGGUUCAGCAGGCACUUGAUGUCAUUGCUGCAGAGGCUCGACUACAGAGCUUGAGGGUGGAUUAA